CCCCCCCUCUUUAUACUUUCUUCGUUCACUUUUUACAUACAAGACAUUUUUGCUCUAUUGUGCGUGGCGCAUUUCUGCGAACUCCGUGUUAUGCGCUACGAGUGAUCGUCUUAUCAUCGACUAAUAACAAUGUCUUCGUUGACGGAACUCCAGUCCCGACUAAAGGAGCUCUCGACCGCUCUGGCUGAUAUCCAUCCGCUGGUCUCUCGACUGCAGAACUUUACGACCGCCAUAGGACAGGGUGAUGACGCGCGCCUGGAGCUUGGGACGGAGAUCCAUGCGUUUCUGAAAGGGGCGGAGGAUCAGUUGGAGUUGUUGCGGGUGGAGGUGGAGGGUCUCGAGGCAGGUCCCGAGAGUCGACGGAAGGCGUUGGACAACGAGAAGGAAUCAGAGAGGGAGCGUGUGGUCGCGCUGGCGGGGCGGUUAGCAGAGGAACUGAAGAGGACAAGAAGAGAUUUCCGGAACGCGCAGCUACAAGCGAAACGCAAUGCCGAGACCGCACGCCGCAAAGAGAGGGAGUUGCUGUUUGCCCGGUCCCAGAGCGCCGACAGGAAAAAUCAGCCCGCCGAGAAGCUGACGCAGGAUGAGAUCGUGAAGAACGCUUCGAAUGAUGUUACGGCGGCGCUGCGGCGGACGCAUCAGUUGAUGCAGUCCGAGUUGUCGCGGAGCCAAUUCGCGCAGGAGACACUAGAGCAAUCCACCGCUGUCCUCUCGUCGCUGUCGGAAUCUUACACGGACCUGGACUCGCUCCUCGCCUCGUCGCGAAACCUCGUCGGUUCUCUCCUUCGAUCGCAGAAAUCCGAUACUUGGUACCUGGAGACGGCGUUUUACAUUCUUCUCGGAACUAUCGCUUGGCUCGUCUUCCGACGCAUACUUUACGGUCCUCUGUGGUGGCUUGUGUGGCUGCCGGUGCGACUACUGGCACGAUCUACCUUUGCAAUUCUAGGCGUGGUGGGCAUAACUAGUCGGGCAGUCCAGGCCUCUGACUCUGUUACUCCUGUCGCUCAGUUGGUGCAAGAGGCCCCGGUUGUGGCUCCGAAGGUGGAACCGACCGUGCAGAGUGCGGAGCAAGAGGCAGUAUGGGACCAGGUCCCUGUCACGGAUGAAACGGAGGAGGACCGCUUGAUUGACCAAAUCGGUGAAUUGGUAGAGGAGGUUGAACAGCAGGAGGAGACCAACAUAGACGACAUCUCGCCGGAGGAAAGGCAGAGGCAAGCGGAGCUGCCAAGGAAUCCUAAGAAGAGGAUGUUUGAAGCUACCGAGGUUCCCCACCAUAGGGAUGAACUAUAGAAGCAUAUCUAUAGCGAAUGCAAUG